CAGAACCUCUGUUUCAGUUUUUUUGGCGAGUCCAAAGCAUAAACGAAUGCUGAAAUCUACAGGGGAAAUCUAAGAGUUAUCAACGAUGACAUUCUUCCCAGAUCUAUGAUCUAUUUUCUCGCCAUCCAGACAGAUGAACCCAAUUUCCCUUUUGUAAUUUCGAACUCCUGAUGACCUAAUUCGGGAUAAAAUUGCGAUUUUGGGUUUAGAGAAGAUGGAAUCGGAGCUCAAGGAUGUGAAUUCGAAUCCGCAGUCGAGCAAAGAGGAACGGCCCUUGCUCAAAUCGGAUUCCGAUACCGCGGUCGCCAUUGAAGAGCUCGAUAAAAAGUUCGCGCCUUUCGCGAGAAAGGAUUUGUACGGGACGAUGGGUCUGGGUCCGUUUCCGGUGACGGAGAGGAUUAAAAUCGCAGUGGCGAUGGUGACUCUUGUUCCAUUGCGGUUCCUCCUGGUGAUGAGCGUUCUAUUUAUGUAUUACUCGAUAUGUAGGGUUUGUACAAUGUUCUCGGCCCCGAAUCGUGAGGCCGAGGAAGAGGAAGAGGAAGAGGAAGGAGUUGUGGUGCAGGAAGAUUAUGCUCACUUGGGAGGAUGGAAAAGGGCUGUGAUAGUCCGAUGUGGGAGAUUUCUGUCUAGGGUUUUGCUCUUCGUGUUCGGAUUCUAUUGGAUUCAUGAGAGUUAUCGAGAUUCGACCAUGGAUUCUAAACCCAAAACUACUUCUGACAAGAAUGGCGAGAAUGACGAAGCUGAGGAACCUGAAAGACCAGGAGCUAUAGUAUCUAAUCACGUGUCGUAUCUGGACAUUUUGUAUCAUAUGUCUUCUUCUUUUCCGAGUUUCGUUGCAAAGAGAUCAGUGGGCAAACUUCCUCUUGUUGGCAUCAUCAGCAAAUGUCUUGGCUGUGUCUACGUUCAGCGAGAAGCAAAAUCACCCGACUUCAAGGGCGUAUCUGGCACUGUAAAUGAAAGAGUCCGAGAAGCAUACCAGAAUAAAUCUGCUCCAACCAUUAUGCUUUACCCAGAAGGGACAACUACCAAUGGGGACUACUUGCUUACAUUCAAGACAGGUGCUUUUUUGGCUGGGACUCCUGUUCUUCCCGUGAUUCUAAAAUAUCCUUAUCGGCGUUUCAGCCUUGCAUGGGAUACAAUAUCUGGGGCACGCCAUGUGAUUUUUCUUCUCUGUCAGUUUGUGAACCACAUGGAGGUGAUACACUUACCUGUAUAUUACCCGUCCCAGGAAGAGAAAGAUGACCCAAAACUCUAUGCUAGUAAUGUCCGGAGAUUAAUGGCUUCAGAGGGUAACUUAAUUCUGUCGGAUUUGGGACUUAACGACAAACGGAUAUAUCACGCAACUCUCAAUGGUAAUCUUAGUCUGACUAGUGUUUUCCAUCAGAAAGAAGAAUGAUAAUUCAAUGAAACUUGCUCUCUGCCUGUCAAUGUCUGUAAUGUAGUGAUUUGCCCGAAAACCAUGAGCGUGAUUCACAGAUCGGAUCUCUGAUAAUAAAAAUCGAAACUUUGUUA